GACUUUUACCACAUUAUUUUAUAUUUAUACGCAAUAAAAAAUCAACCAAAAUCAACAACUCUAAAUUUAAUUUGAUUGAUCAUACAAAUAUUACCCUGCUAGUAAAACUUAGCUAAUACGUUGACAAAACCUUGAAACAUAGCCUAGCUAUUAUGUCUCUGCAACUGUUUUCUGUCUUCUCUCUCACAUUACUACCACUGUUUCUUCCACGUGCAGUAGUUUUAGCCGCUGUAGUUGCAAAACCCAGCUGCCAAGACCGAUGCGGGAACAUAUCCAUUCCUUAUCCAUUCGGAGUCGGGUCGGAAUGCUCUCUCGACCCGAAUUUCAACAUCCACUGCGAUGCCUCCUCCGGUCAUCCAAAACCUUACCUGUCCAUCAUCAAUAAAGAAGUGAUCGAAAUAAAUCAAACUUAUAUUCGGGUCAAUUACCCGACCCUGAUUUCAGCGUGCUAUGAUUUGUCAGACGAUCAACAAAUCAACACCACAUUUGAUUCAUACAAACAUGGUGUGAUGGUGAACUUGUCGGGAACUCCAUUUACGUUGUCGAUACGGAAUAGGCUGAUGGCCAUCGGGUGUGAUGAUGUGAUGCUAGAAUCAGACGGAAGCUCGGUGACUGGCACCGGUUGUUCGGCGUUUUGUGCAGACAAGAACGACACAGGCGGCGUCGGUUAUUGCGCCUCUAACGGUUCUACGCUUGAUAAUGGUUGUUGUGUGGCUGAAAUCUCCUAUGGCAAAAUCAUAGGAGCACAACUAAUCGACUUGAGCAGAAAAUUAGUUCGUAAGAAGCUUUUCCCCUGCAGCUUUGCCUUUCUCCAGGAGAGGGUAGAUGAUUUAAACGACACCAAAUUUUCAUAUCCUCUAUAUUAUCUUGAAAACUCAACAGCCUUGCUUAACGACAAUUGGGCAUCCACAACAAGGCCCCCGGUGGUGCGGCUGGCCUGGGAGGUUGGGACCGACAACUGCAGUCAAGCUAAGUUGAACUCCUCUACUUACGCAUGUCGAGAUGACAAGAGUGUUUGCGUUGAUCUCAAUAACGGAGGCUACCUAUGCAGUUGCGUCCAAGGAUACGAGGGCAACCCUUAUCUCCUUGAAGGAUGCCAAACAAUUUCCUUUUCAAGUUCAAUUGCAAAAUUUGGAUGUCUUGAUCAAUGUGGGAAGUUAGCAAUUCCAUUUCCAUUUGGCGUUGGCCCGAAUUGCUACUUGUCGCCGUCUUUCGAAAUCCGUUGCAAUACCUCCACCAACCCUCCAACAGCCUACCUCGCCCUUCUCGACAAGGAAAUCAUCGACAUCAAUUCGUCUACAGUUUUAAUCAACCAUCCAAACCUAGCUUGGAGUUGCUACAAUCAAACUGGAAUCACAGAGAAACAAAUCAUGAUUAUUGAUUUGUCGAGAACUCAAUAUACAUUAUCAGAAGAGAACUGGAUCACUUCCAUUGGCUGCGAUCACAUGGUUGUCGCAGUUAUAGGAAAAGACAAACCAAGUUCUACGCGCAGCACCUGCGCAGCCAUCUGCUCCAACGAUCCAUUCAGCACCGCAAGCUGUCCGUUUUCAGUAAGCACUUAUUGGCCAGGGGAUGGCUGUUGUAGGGCCCCCAUUGCAAGGGGAACCACUUACCUUGAAGCAGAGUUGAGGGACUUGAGGCCAACUACAAAUUUCUCUUGCGGCUACGCCUUGGUUGAAUACAAUGAGGAUGCUAGUGUUUCGUAUCGCUUCUUGAAUAACUCGACAGGAGCUGAUAAUCUCUUGCUGACAUACGGGAAGUGGAAGAAGGUGGCGUUGGAUUGGCGGAUUGGUGCUUUGAAUUGCAAACAAGCGCGAUUGAAUCCGACUGAUUAUGUGUGUCAAAAAAACACCGAAUGCAUUGAUUUUCAUGACACAGUUGGAGGCUAUCUCUGCAAUUGCUCUACCGGAUAUCGAGGCAAUCCUUACCUUAGCCCAGGCUGCCAAGAAAUUAAUCAAUGCGCCUAUAAUACAACAAAUACAUGUCUCGCAAAUUCGAUUUGCGUUAAAACCCCAGGAUCUUAUAAUUGCUCAUGUCCCAAAGGGUAUAUUGGUGAUGGGAGGAAAGAUGGAGUAGGGUGUAUUAAGCUUCCACCAUCCAAGACCAAGAUGAUAAGUUUAAUAGGUGUGGGUUCUGGAUUGGGGUUUCUGCUUUUGCUUAUAGCAUGUUUUUGGUUGUUCAAAGCGUUGCAAAAGAGAAAGGAAAAAAUGGUUAAAGAGAAAUUCUUCAAACGAAAUGGUGGCCUUCUUUUGCAGCAACAAACGAAUGAAGGUGUAUUAGGAAAGACAAAAGUUUUCUCUGCAAAAGAGUUGGAGGUAGCUACAGAUCACUUUAAUGAAAAUCGUAUUCUUGGGCAAGGAGGCCAAGGCACGGUCUACAAAGGAAUGUUAUACAAUGGCAAAAUUGUGGCCGUAAAGAAAUCAAAGUUGGUCGAGGAGAAUCAACUAGAACAGUUUAUUAAUGAAGUGGCGAUAUUAUCACAAAUCAAUCACAGAAAUGUCGUCAGAUUGUUGGGGUGUUGUUUGGAGACUGAGGUUCCUUUGCUUGUCUACGAAUUCAUGCCAAAUGGGACUCUUUUUGAUCUUAUUCACGAUCCCAGUAAUGAAUUUCCAUUUACAUGGAUCAUGCGUUUGAAAAUCGCGGCAGAUAUAGCGGGGGCGCUAGCAUACUUACACUGUGCAUCUUCUGUGCCUAUCUAUCACAGAGACAUCAAGUCUAGUAAUAUCCUUCUGGACGAGAAAUAUGUUGUCAAAGUAUCGGAUUUUGGAACUUCGAGAUCAAUUGCAACAGAUCAGACUCACUUAACUACUUUAGUCAAAGGGACAUUUGGAUAUUUAGAUCCCGAGUAUUUCCAAUCGAGUCAGUUCACAGAAAAGAGUGAUGUUUAUAGUUUUGGAGUAGUUCUCGUCGAACUGCUCACAGGACAAAGGGCGAUAUCAUUGGACAAAACGGAUAAUGAUAGAAGCCUAGCAACACGAUUUCUUACUUGCAUGGAGGAGAACUGCCUAGACACAAUUAUAGAUCCUCAAAUUUUGGAGCAGGGUAUAAAGGAAGAGAUGAUUCUAGUAGCGAGUCUUGCGCAAAGAAGUUUGAAUUUGAAGGGGAAAAUGAGACCUACUAUGAAAGAAGUGGCUAACGAAUUGGAAAGUUUAAGGAUGUCUCAAAAUAUUGUUAAAGAUGAAUUUGAAGAAGUGAAAGUUUUUGAAGGUAGAGCUAUGAUGAUUUCAGACACUGAAUACUCUUGGGAAACUAGCUACAAAAGUCCCCUCGGAUCGUCUUCAGACAUGCAUCCCUUAGUGCUCACAACUGAGUGAAAUUCUAUGUUAUCUAGUUUUUAAAUUAUAGUGUUUCCAGGGAGUUCAUUUAAUAGUGCAGAUGUUAAGGGUGAAGUUCCCUUUUUUUUUUUUGAUGAAUCAAUAUA